GCAUAUAAAGCUGUGGUAACCAGGUCUUGUUGCCAGGUUUAAUCGUGGGGAAUAGCCUGAAAAGACCACAUCACAGCAACAGCAGAUCUUUCCUUGGUAAAAGGCACUUGAACUUCCAGAGACCUUACUAUGUUCAGUGAUAUGGCACUCAAGGAUUUCCUCAACUGGAGUCUCCUGACAUGGCUUCUGCUUCUUCGCUUUUGCCUGUGCCAAGAUGAAUACAUGGAGGUGAGCAGAAGAUCUAGUAAUCCGGUGGCCAAAGUAUUGCAAAGCCGCCAUCAGACUGGCCACAAAGGUUCCAGCAGCAGGGAAUUGUUGAGACAGCGGAGUCGACUUGUUGAGUGGACGGUUGAGGAUGAUGAUGGUAAUAGCCCUUCUACUGACCCCAAUGCCUUGAAACCAGAGGUAGAUGAUGUAGCACAGACUACCUCAAACAGAGUCCAGACUACACAGAGUGGACCUCAAAUCCCACCUGAAUGUGGCUGCCGGGGAGAUUUUGGACUUCGAGGUUAUCAAGGUCCUCCAGGUCCUCCAGGCCCUGCUGGAAUGCCAGGAAACCAUGGAAACAAUGGAAAUAAUGGAGCACCAGGUACGGAAGGUGCAAAAGGUGACAAAGGAGACAAGGGAGACUUGGGACCCAGAGGAGAGCGGGGCCAUCAUGGACCCAAAGGAGAGAAGGGUUAUCCUGGCGUCCCACCAGAACUUCAGGUUGCAUUCAUGGCUUCAAUGGCAACACACUUCAGUAACCAGAACAGUGGAAUAAUCUUCAGCAGCGUGGAAACUAAUGUGGGCAAUUUUUUUGAUGUAAUGACUGGCCGAUUUGGAGCGCCAGUGAAUGGAGUGUAUUUCUUCACUUUCAAUAUGAUGAAGCACGAGGAUGUGGAAGAAGUGUAUGUUUACUUAAUGCACAAUGGCAAUACAGUUUUCAGCUUAUACAGCUAUGAAUCAAAAGGAAAAACAGACUCAUCAAGCAACAGUGCAGUACUCAAACUUGCCAAGGGAGAUGAAGUUUGGCUGCGGAUGGGUAAUGGGGCACUACAUGGAGAUCACCAGCGCUUUUCCACCUUUGCAGGAUUUCUUCUUUUUGAAGCCAAGUAGAUAAACACUUUAGAGUAGAUAUUGCUGGGUUGUUUUUUUUUACUCCUGUCUUUGGGACAACAUGGUAAUAAACUAAAACUGCAGGUCCUUUACAGAUACCAGUACUAUGGGGGUCUGUAGAGUAUGAUAAGACAAGUGAGGUCUGAAUGUAUAUAUCACUUUGAAUCACCUUAUCUUGAUCUAGUCUUCAUAAUUCCUGAGCAGAGUUCGAAAAGCUAAGAGUAUGAUGGUUAUAGUCUAUUUGUCCCAGCAUAUAAAUUGUUUUGUUCAUAAAGAUUUCUUGCAGAAACAGGUUCACUGCAACUGCUGGAUAAAAUCGUGUCGGGAGCUUCAUAUAUGCUCUGGAGAUUGUUCAUUCUUUAAAAAGAACAAAACAGAUGCACACCCAAUCUUGCAGUCAUUCAGCAUUCGAUUCAACACAAGAAUGUGCUGAUGGAAGCUACUUCUGCAAAUAAAUAAGCCUUGCUUAACUGAACCAAGCCUAUCUAGGACCACUCUUUUAACUGUCAGAUUUUUUCUUUGCACUUGCUCAUUAUAAAUAUACUAUGGCUCUUUAGGUAAGCCCAAUAAUUAUUAAAUGUAUUGCUAACCUGAGUAUGAAGCUUCAGUUUACUCUAUUAAUAAAUGAUAAAGUCUUUUAGUUCCUACUACUGUACUCUACAACUACAUCAAGUUGAACUGGGAAGAUUAAUCCUACAUUGGUACUGAAAAAGUCUGUGGUACAGCAACCACCAUUUCCCCAGUCCUUCUGCCAUUUGCCUAAAGGAGGACACACUACUUUCUAGGCAUAAACUAGUCAAUAUAAAACCCCAGAAUUCAUAGCAUUGUGGUUACAAGUGUAUGUCAUUUUUAAACUGUAGGCUUGUUUAAGUUGUAUCAGAUAAGAGCUUAAUGUUUUAAAUAUAAUAGGAAAAUUUUGGCAUGCUUUAAAAAAAACAUAGAAGCAAUCUUGUUAAUUCCUGUUAAUAUUAUUUCUGACUCUAGUUCUCAGCGAUAUGAAAUCUUUUUGCAUUUGUUGUUAUGAUUCUGUUUUGUAAACUGAACCUUAAUUAAUUAAAGGUCUUUUUGGAUAAGCGUCAUGAAUAAUACUGCACACACAAAAUUCAACUAAGAAAGUCUACAGAUUUAGCUUUUGUUGGACUUUUCAUAAUAUUCUAGUAGCAGAAGCGAAAUUAGAAAGACUUUGAGUUUCAUACACAGAAAGACAUAAAGAACUUUGGAGAAAGACUGAAGGGGUGCCAGGAGGGAAGAUUUCCACUGCAACUAAGAGAAAAAGAAAAAAAAAUGACUUCAAUCAAAAUGUAAUUACACUAUUUUGCUGCUUGCAGCAGGAACAGAAGGUGUUUUAAGACAUACCAUACUAUGAGAAAUGGCCAGAAUUUGGGAAAUGUACUUUCUGGGUUGUUGUUGUGGGUUGUUGUGUGCCUUCACA